AUGGUUGAUUUUUCGCAUCAAGAUUUAAUGCAUUCUCACCAUUCCCAUAGUGGCCUGUAUGUCAGCCAUGCUGUUGAUGAUUUGGAUUCCAUAGUAGCUAAAGCUUAUUCAAUGGGGUUUAAAACAUUCUGUUUAACUGAACAUAUGCCUCGGACCUCAAUGAAUUAUUUAUAUCCUGAAGAAAUCGAAAAAUCUUAUACUAUAGAAUCCCUUAAUAAGAAUUUCAAUAACUACUAUGAGCAUGCUAAAAGAUUACAACAAGAAUACAAAGAUAAAAUGGAAGUUUUGGUAGGUUUCGAAGUUGAAGGUACUGACAAGGAACAUUUACUUUUAGCUCAUAGUUUUAAACAUAAGUUCGAUAUGUGUGUUGGAUCGGUUCAUUUCCUUCAUGGAAUACCCAUUGAUUUUUCCGUAGAUAAGUGGGAAGAAGCUAAAAGCUUAACCAGUGAUGGAACUACUAGGACUUUAUAUAAAGAUUAUUUCCAAUUGCAACAUCUUGUUAUAGAUACCCUCAAGCCUUCAGUUAUAGGACAUUUCGAUCUUAUACGUUUAUUCGAAACCACCGAACUAGUAGAAUUGUCUCAAUGGCCAGAGGUUUACGAUCAAGUGGUCAAAAACAUUCAACUUGUCAAUUCUUAUGGAGGUUUAUUCGAAUUGAACUCAGCUGCUAUACGUAAAGGUUGGGAUUCGCCUUAUCCUAAACCUGACAUGGUCAAAUUGAUUUUAGAAUUGGGUGGUAAAUUCUGUUUAUCCGAUGAUUCGCAUGGAUUAGCCCAAAUAGGUUUAAACUAUCAUAAAGUAUGGCAAUACGUGAAGGACAUGGGAAUUACUCAUAUUUCACAUCUUACCAUUAGAGGAACUAUCGAACAGUCAGUUGAAGAGCUUGAUGGCUCGUCUUUCUGGGAUCAGUACAAGAAUCUAUAA